GAGGCGGGGCCUGCCACGAGGUCGCGGUAUAACCGCACGGCCCGCGCGCGCGCUUCUGUCCCGGCCCAGGCACCGGCGCGGGCUAUGGCUGCUGCUUCCUUGCUUCCCACGUUGGCCACUCGGCUGCUCCGGCCCGCGCCGACAUGCCACCUCUUCUAUCAGCCCUUCCACCGCUCGGCCCUUCGAAAUGAAGCGGUUGUCAUUUCUGGAAGGAAACUUGCCCAGCAGAUCAAGCAGGAAGUGCGGCAGGAGGUGGAGCAGUGGGUGGCUUCAGGCAACAAGCGGCCUCACCUGAGUGUGGUUCUGGUCGGCGAGAACCCUGCGAGUCACUCCUAUGUCCUCAACAAAGCGCGGGCAGCGGAGGAUGUGGGAAUCAACAGUGAGACCAUUUUGAAACCAGCUUCCAUUUCAGAAGAGGAACUAUUGAUUUUAAUUAAUAAACUGAAUAAUGAUGAUAAUGUAGACGGCCUUCUUGUUCAGCUGCCUCUUCCAGAGCACAUUGAUGAGAGAAAGAUCUGCAAUGCUGUUUCUCCGGACAAGGAUGUCGAUGGCUUUCACGUCAUCAACGUAGGACGAAUGUGUUUGGACCAGUAUUCCAUGUUACCAGCUACCCCAUGGGGCGUGUGGGAAAUAAUUAAGCGAACUGGCAUUCCAACCUUAGGGAAGAAUGUGGUUGUGGCUGGAAGAUCCAAAAAUGUUGGCAUGCCCAUUGCAAUGUUACUGCACACAGAUGGGGCACAUGAGCGACCUGGAGGUGAUGCCACCGUUACAAUAUCUCAUCGAUACACCCCCAAAGAACAGCUGAAGAAGCAUACAAUUCUUGCAGAUAUUGUGGUCUCUGCUGCAGGCAUUCCCAAUCUCAUCACAGCAGAUAUGAUUAAGGAAGGAGCUGCUGUCAUUGAUGUGGGAAUCAACAGAGUUCUAGAUCCCGUCACUGCUAAACCCAAGUUGGUCGGAGAUGUGGAUUUUGAAGGCGUCAGGAAGAAAGCUGGUUAUAUUACCCCAGUCCCUGGAGGUGUUGGUCCCAUGACAGUGGCAAUGCUAAUGAAAAACACCAUUAUUGCUGCAAAAAAAGUGCUGAGGCUUGAAGAACGGGAAGUACUGAAGCCUAAGGAGCGUGGAGUGGCGACUAAUUAACUGUUGUGCGUUUUGCCUUGUGAACAGCACUCGCGGACGGUUGAGAAGCAAAGCAGGCGAUUAGGAAUGCAAUAUUUUUUAUUUAUUCUACUGAGAUGGUUUAAAAUAAAUGCUUUGUAUUUAUUGAGAGCUUAAGAGGGUGGGUGUUUGCACAUACAGCUCUGUAGUACCUCACCUGGAGGCUGCCAGUAUUGUGCUGCCUCAUUUUCUCGCCAGAGAAGCCAGAAGCCUAGUGAUUCACAUGGGGACAAUAGGGUCAGGCUGCCCAGGGAUGCGAAACCGUGUCAAGCCACUUCCAGUACAGUUUAGCCUUUUUGAGGAUUGCGUUUCCCAAGUGCUGUUCCAAUCAGAGUUGAUACUCAUUUUCGGUUUUAAAACUUUUUGAGUUCAACUGACCAAACCAAAGGAAAAAAAUGUUGCCAGAGAAAAUUGGGGAAAAGACAAAGAAUCAGUGGCAACUGAGUAGAAAAGGUUUAGCCUAAUUUAUGAAACCCGAAGAAAAACGACACAAGCAGCAUGUCAGUGGUGUCGUAAGCUGUCAUUUUGUAGCUUGGCCAUUGGGAAGGUGUUUCGGGUUUUGCUGUUAGCUCUGGUUUACAUCUCUUAUUGUAUCUGGGGACUCUCCAUACCAGUAUCUUCGGAUUGAAAGGCUUAUUUUAUAAAUUAUUCAUGUUCAGUGUAAUACUUGGCUUUUCCUCUAUCUUCACAUUUCAUUUUUGUACUGUUGGAGGUGGUAUCUGUAAGGUUUCUUUGGUGUAUUUUGAAACCUGUUUUUGAAAAACAAAACACGGACCUGAUCAUCAUUAGGGCAGCUUGCAUACGUACGCAACUCACUUGCCGCCAAAGACUUGUCAGCAGCUGUGCUUGCUUUUGUCUGAUGCACCUGUUGGCUUUCCCUCAAUAUUUUUUUUUUCAGAAUUUAAGUUAAUAUUGAAUUUAAUCAGACUUUCUGAUUAAAUACCUUUUUUUAAAAAAAUAAAAUACUUUUGACAAA